AGCAGGUACACACACGUAAAGCGUAUGCGCAGUCGUGCCUUUUCCUUUUCUUUCUGUGUUGACAAAACGCACCGGACUACACCCUACCAAGCAUUCCUCAAUCUAACACCGUCACAAGAAAUGAGCCAAGCUAUCGGACAACCCAACCAUCUCGAAUUCGAAUCCUACAUUAGCAACUAUACUGGGCGUACUGCGAUCGAACGAGCUAUAUUCAUAUCGAAACAAUGCAACAGCCUCGAAGUUGAAGCACUCACAUGGGCAGCAGCCGAAAUCAAAAAGUCGACGCGCGACACUGAAAAAUAUUCAACUUGUAUAAAAGCUUUAAACGUGGCAUUACGUACUCGAGGCCAACCCACAGUCGAGUCUGACCAGACAUGGAUUAAUACUACCAACCGAGAAAACAAGGCCAAUAUCGAACAACUGGAAAAUGAGCUCAAAGGUGGAAAAACAAUGCUCAAAGAAAAUACACGGGAUGGAUUAAAUCGAAUUGGUGAGCUUUAUCAUCAAUGCGGUGAUCUUGCGAACGCACUCAAAUCCUAUGUCCGAUCCCGCGAUUAUUGUUCCAAUAGUGAGCAACUCCUGGAAAUGUGCUUCCGCGUCAUCCAGGUCAAUAUGGAUCAAGAAAACUAUACACAUGUCAGCAGCUACGUUGCUCGAGCCGAAGCCACACCCAACCUGCCGAAAAAAGACUUGGUUCAAGCCAAGCUCGACAGUUGCCGUGCUUUGGUCAGUCUGCAUCAAUACGAACCCUAUGUCCAUGCUGCCAACGCGUUUAUGGGUGUAUCCUUUGAAAUGAACAAUACAUUCAACGCUGUACUGUCAGCCAAUGACGUCGCCAUGUACGGUACUUUGUGCGCUUUAGCCUCUUACAGUCGGCAAGAAUUGCGUAACAAGGUUUUGUCUAAUUCAGCAUUCAAGAGUUAUCUGGAACUGGAGCCACACAUGCGCGAAAUGAUUGAUACAUUUUACAACUCAAAAUACGCCUCCUGCCUGGAAUUACUGGAAAGUUAUCGAAAUGAUUUCUUGCUAGAUAUUCAUCUGGCACCUCAUAUUCCCAAACUUUUCCAACUGAUCCGUGAGAAAGCCAUGGUGCAAUACUGUAUACCCUUUUCCACAGUCGACUUGAAUCGUAUGGCCACGGCGUUUCAUACAGAUGUGGCAACAUUACAAAACGAACUCACCGAAUUGAUUGGUCGCGACCGUCGUAUUGCUGCUCGUAUUGAUAGUCAUCAAAAGAUCUUGUAUGCCAAGAAGCGCGAUCAGCGUCGUCGAGCCAUGAAGCAUUCAAUGCAAGCAGGCACCGACUAUGAAAAGUCGAGCAAAGCAUUGAUACUGCGUUUGAAGUUGCUUAGUGCCGACAUGAUUGUCAAAUAAAGAAAUCUCUGUAUAGAUGCGUUACAUAGUUACUUUCCAAUUACACAAAACCCAAGAAUUGCAUAAUUUGAAUUGCUCCUGAGACAUUUGUUGCUAUUAAUACUUGUAAUAUUACGUUUGUAUGCUUCAAUUAGUUCAUUUUUAGGGCUAAUGUGGACCUUUCUACAUCUCCUUCUUGUUUCGUAUAUAUUUCUUACCUCUUUCACCCGUAUUAUACACUGAUUGAACAUUGCACAACGGGCAUACACUAUAUCCUCUGUUGCCAUUACCUUCACUACUUGUUCGUUUUAAACUAUUUUGUGCAAGACAUGAAUAUUAAAACCA